UUUGACAAUGUGAUUUGUUUUGUAUUUUUGUUUUGUUCUUGAUUAAUGUCACUUAAUGUCAAUUGAUUUAUCAUUGAUUCGGAUUUUGUUUAGCUAUCCGAUUCAGUUUAAUCUAAAUUCUCUUAUGUAUCUUUUUCAAUGUUGAUUCACUUUUCUCUUGGUAAAUAUUUUCUUAUUGAUUGUUUGAUGGGAACAAUUUAGUGUUAAUCACUUAAUUAACCAUGAAUUCAUCCAAAGAUCCACCUGUUGUUGAUCCUCUUUUCUCAAAAUUAAAUGGCUGUGAUCAUUUACUCAUUGAAUUGGAAUCAAAUGAUCCAUCAUCACUUAGUCUUGUCUUCAGUAAUCGAGCUGUUGGUGCUGAAUACGACAAAUUUAUGGAGAAACUUGAUGCUAGAAUCAAAAGCCACGAUGAAGAUAUCAAGAGAAUGUGUAAUGCCAAUUAUCAGGAUUUUGUUGAUUGUAUUCAUGAUCUUCUUCAAGUUAGACCCAAAGCCGAAAUACUUAAGAAAGAGAUUCUUGAGAUUAAUCAAGAUAUUCAAAAAUCAUCUGAAAAUGUCCAAAGAAAAGCCGAAGAGCUGAUUCGAUAUCGAAAAAUAGUUUGUAACAUAGAAACAGCGAUCGAUCAUUUGAGUCAAUGUUUACCAGUGUUGAAAAUGUUCAGUAAAUUAACUUCUCAAAUGGAGGCGACUCGUUACUAUCCGGCAUUAAAAACUCUGGAACAAUUGGAAACUAAUUACUUACCUCGUGUUUCUCAUUAUCGAUUUGCCCAAUCGAUGAGGGAUAAAAUACCACAGAUUCGAGAGCAGAUCAAGGAAGCAUCCAUGUCAGAUUUGAAGGAUUUCCUGGAAAAUGUUAGAAAAUUAUCAUCACAAAUUGGAGAAAUUGCCAUGAAAAAUGCUGCUCAUCAACAGAAUAUCGAAGAUACUUUAUUAACAAGUAGUUCUAACAGUGCGAGUAACUCUUCAUCCAAUGAAAACAGUUCCACCAACAGUCCAAGUCACCAAGUUACGGGGAAAAAGUUACCAACAAUUGUCUCGCUGAAUUCAACAUCGAUGAACAAUUUAAACAAUGUCACCUCAGCGAAUGCCCCAUUGAUUACCCCACGAAAGAAACAUCGAGCCCCUAAACCACCACCAACAAUGUCAUCUUCAAUUGAAGAUGAUUUAGAUGAGAUUGACAGUGAAUCAGAUUCAGAUUUCACCAGAAACGGAAUAUCAACUGAAGAUGAAUUAAAAGGAACCGAUAUUGUUGAUUUUUCACCGGUCUAUCGGUGUCUUCACAUUUUCGGCUGUCUUGGUGCUCGUGAACUGUUUGAAAUAUAUUACCGCCAACAGAGACAACAACAGGCUAAACUUGUCCUUCAACCUCCGAUCAACAUGCACGAAAACAUUGACGGUUACAAGAAUUAUUUCUGUGGUGUUGUUGGAUUUUUUGUCAUCGAAAAUCAUAUUCUCAAUACUGCUCCCGGUUUGGUAACUAAAUCAUAUCUUGACGAAGUUUGGGAAAACGCUCUACAAUCAGUGAUCGCCUCGCUACGAACCUAUUCAUCGUAUUGUACUGAUGAAAAUCUGAUGCUCCAAAUCAAACGGAUUAUCAUUUUGUUCAGUCAAACACUUCAAAGUUAUGGUUACAAUGUUAAUCCUUUUUUCAAUCUACUCAUUGAAAUUCGUGAUCAAUAUAAUGAGAUUUUAAUGAAACAAUGGUGUUCAUUGUUUAGAUCAAUUUUCGAUGGUGAUAAUUAUCAUCCAAUUCAAGUUGAAUCUCAAUCUGAAUAUGAUAAGAUAAUCAGUGAAUUCCCUUAUUAUGAGGGUGAAGUAAUUUCAACCGGUGAUUCUGAUUAUCCUAAAAAAUUUCCUUUCUCAUUGUUUGUACCCAAAGUUUUCACCCAAGUGAAGCGUUUCAUUAACGCUUGUCGACAAUUCUCACAAGAUCUUAAUAUAAGUCAAACUGAAAUCGAGGAUAUGGUCCGAAAGUCAACUAAUCUUUUACUUACUCGAACUCUUUCCGGCUGUUUAUCUGUUCUAAUUAAGAAACCGAGCCUUGGUUUACUUCAGUUAAUACAAAUCGCGAUAAACACCAAUUACCUGGAAGACUCAAUGAGUUUCUUGGAGGAAUAUAUUUCUCAACCCUUACAGGCCACUGGACUUGGUUCACCAAUUGGCGCUUCGACAACUACCGUUGGUGAAUUAGCCGGUGGAUCACAUCUUGCCAAACUUCAAGGAAGCUCGAUGUUCAAAGAUGCUCGAUCUGACGCUGAAUCUCAAAUAUACUUUCUGCUUAAUAAAAAAAUCGAUGAAUUUUUGGACAUUGCUGAUUAUGAUUGGCUGUUGGUUGAAUCAUCGGGUGUUGCCUCUUCUUAUAUUACCGAUCUCAUCAAAUUUUUAACCUCGACAUUUCAAGCAUUCACCAAUUUACCUCUUAAAGUUGCCCAAACGGCCUGUGUUUCGGCCUGUAAACACAUGGCCUCAUCUUUGAUCAAUUUUCUACUCGACGAAGAUGUCAAAGCGAUUUCAAUGGGAGCAUUAGAACAAUUUAAUCUCGACCUGUUACAAUGUGAAUUUUUCGCCAACUCUGAGCCAGUCAAAGGUUUCGAAGACAAUACACUUCAAAUGUGUUUCGCUGAAUUAAGACAAUUAGUUGAUCUCCUUCUCACUUGGCAAUGGUCAACUUAUAUUGCUGAUUAUGGUAAACAAGAUAGUAAAUAUUUACGAGUUAAUCCUCAGGUUGCUCUUAAUCUACUCGAAAAGAUUAAGGAAGCGGAUAAAAAUCGUAACAUUUUUGCUUCGUUAAAGAAGAAUGAGCGAGAUAAAAGAAAAUUAGUCGAUACUGUAAUUAAACAGUUGAAACAAUUAAUAGUUGCUGCUAAUUCUAAUUAAUCAAAGAAAGAACCAAAAAUGUGUAAAAAGAAACCAAAUAUUAAUAAAUUAAUUUAAAAGAUAAAAGAGAAAAA